UCACCGGGUUUUGCUGACAGCAGCCUCCUCGGGGACCAUCCCUCUCCUGGUGCCGCCUCCUCCCUUCCUGUGCGCUUCUUAUUCUCCCUCUUAAUAUUUAAAUAAUAUUUGGGAUUUUUUUUUUUUUUUUUUGUGAGGGGGUUGGUUGAGAGGAAUUGUAGUUGUGAGGAUCAGAGGGACCCAGUGUGGUGUAAACGAAUUCAUUAGCCAUGGAUGUAUUCAUGAAAGGACUUUCAAAGGCCAAGGAGGGAGUCGUGGCUGCUGCUGAAAAAACCAAACAGGGUGUGGCAGAAGCAGCAGGAAAGACAAAAGAGGGUGUCCUCUAUGUAGGCUCCAAAACCAAGGAAGGAGUGGUUCAUGGUGUGACAACAGUGGCUGAGAAGACCAAAGAGCAAGUGACAAAUGUUGGUGAGGCCGUGGUGACAGGGGUGACAGCAGUAGCACAAAAGACAGUGGAGGGAGCAGGGAGCAUCGCAGCUGCUACUGGCUUUGGCAAAAAGGAUCAGUUGGGCAAGAGUGAAGAAGGAGGCCCACAGGAAGGAAUUCUGGAAGAUAUGCCUGUUGAUCCUGACAAUGAGGCAUAUGAAAUGCCUUCUGAGGAAGGGUAUCAAGACUAUGAACCCGAAGCCUAAGAAAUACUUUUGCUCCCAGUUUCUUGAGACCUACUGACAGAUGUUCCAUCCUGUACAAGUACUCAGUUCCAAAAUGCCCAGUCAUAAUUUUCUCAAAAUUUUUACAGUGUAUUUUAAACUCUUCCAUCAGCAGUGAUUGAAGUUAUCUGUACCAGCCCCUACUCAGCAUUUCAGUGCUUCCCUCUCACUGAAGUGAUUAUAUGGUAGCAGGGUCCUCCCUUGUGUGCUAUGUGGAUAUUGUGGCUUCAAAUCUAAAAUGUUAAAUUAAAGCACCUAAGUGACUACCACUUAUUUCUAAAUCUUCACUAUUUUUUUGUUGCUGUUAUUGAGAAGUUGUGAUUUACUAUCAUAUAUUAUAAGAUUUCUAGGUGUCUUUUAAUGAUUAUUUCUGUUUAAAAAAUAAUGAUGUGUUGUGAAAUUUGUUAAUAUAUACAAUACUUAGAAACAUGUUAGCAUGAAACUAUGCACCUAUAAAUAUUAACUAUGAAAUUUUACUGUUUUGUGAUGUGUUUUAUUAACUUGUGUUUAUAUAUAAGUGCUGAAAAUUAAAAUGUUAUCUCAUUACAAAAAUCUUAUUUUUAAUUCCAUCUCACUUUAAUAAUAAAAUAAUGCUUAUAACAAUAUGAACUGAGAACUGACACAUUUAACUUAAAGCUCUUGACAGCCAUUUGAAGGAGAAGGAAUUUUAGAAGAAUUAAGCAGACAAGAUGGAACAUUAAUCCUUUACUCUGGAAAUUCACUGAAGCAACACUACCCAAAGUAUCCUGACAUGCAGUGAUGUCUUAAGAGGUUAUAUGGAAAGAAAAUGGGUUCCAUGGAAUAGUGAGUUUAAGAAAUGAUUUUGACGAUGUCUGCUUCAAAUAUUAA